GCUCCUGCAAUGGCGUUUUAAAUAGACGGAUUUACCGCAAGGAUUAGCGAUGUUUUGUCAUGUUCAAAGAUGCAUCGCUUAUUUUAAAGGAUGAUUAUUUUACUUAGUCCACACUUGGUCAGGUUUUUGGGCCAGUUUUCUCUCUGAGAGGAGUUCCGCUGUGAUUUCUGGAUGCGCAGUGCGCUUUACUGCCGCUGCUGACUGGUGCUGCUGCUGCAGUGUAAACAAGACUGUCAGAGGCUGCAGCGCUGUUGUCUGUGGGUGAAAGGAGAAUCACACAGUUGCGAUCAUAGCGGACUUCUUAGCUUAAACGAGGACAGUUUCACUAUGAACCAUCAGUGGUCUUUUUUCAAUGCGCUACGACUACAGUGCCAUUUCUGCAGGAGAGAAACUGGCCUGAUCGCUCUUUAAGGAUUUUCUCUUUUUUGAAUCAAACUGGACAUCUGUCAGUCAACACAUCUGCCCCCUCUGAGCAUCCAGCAAACGUUCAUCUUAUUGCUUGAUUAAUCAGAUGGACUUUGCUGCUGAGGGAGUAUCAGCUCCUUCUUGAGUCUCUCAGGAAAAUGACUGACAACCAGGAAACCCCAGAUGCUGAGGACACUACUCCGUCCGGGAGCGCGACCUUGCCGCUCCAGCCGCCGUGCGAGCGCCUCUCUUGCCACAAGAGCAGCGUGUGUUCCCGCUCCUACUUCGUGGUAGUAAUGGUGUUUUUUCACGUUUACAUCAUUAAUGUUAUAGCACUGCUGUUUUACGUGCACUACAGCAGCGGGCAGGAGGAUGCGAGCCAGAGUCGUGAUGCUCCCAGCAGUAACCACCAGCGCCCCGAGUCGCGACGUCCGCCAUCGAAAACCGAGUUCAUGCGUGAUGUUUCCCUCACAAGAAUCGAGGGAAUAAGGGUGGGACAUGUCCAGAGGGUGUCACUGGUACCAGGCAAAGUGCAUGAAAUGCGGACUCUGAGUCUGAAACCUCUGCUGUUUGAGAUCCCUGGGUUUCUGUCGGCGGAUGAGUGCCGUGUUGUGAUGCAGCUGGCACAGCUAAAGGGUCUAAUGGAAAGUCAGUUAAUGGUGCAAGAUGGUCAGGAAGAGCUGGCCAAGGAGCUCAACCUCAGCCCAGAGGAGAUCUUCAACCUUCUUGAUAUCAACCAGGAUGGACAAUUGCAGCUGCACGAGAUACUGACUCAUUCUCGAGUGAGGGACGGCAUCUGGCUCACACCGGAGAACCUGCGAGAAAUCUACGCUGGGCUCAAAGCUGACAAGGAUGGUAAUGGUUUGUUGAGUCUGGAAGAGUUCAGGCUUCUGAGCAAUGAUGCCUUUCAGCGCUUCCUGCUUCAGCGAGGGGUGAAAAGGAGUCAGCUGGUGAGGAACAGCAGACACACCUGGCUCUACCAGGGCAAAGGAGCACACCGGGUCCUCCAAGACAUCAAGGCGAGAGUGACUCGCCUCACCCGGCUCCCACCCACAUUAGUGGACCUCAGUGAGCCGCUGCAGGUGGUUCGCUAUGAGGAAGGAGGGCACUACCAUGCCCACCAUGACAGCGGCCCUGUCUAUCCUGAAACUGCCUGCACACACACACGCCUUGCGGCUAACACCUCCACCCCUUUUGAGACGUCUUGCAGGUACAUCACAGUUCUCUUCUACCUGAACUCUGUUGAGGGGGGCGGGGAGACCGCAUUCCCUGUGGCAGACAACAGGACCUAUGAUGAAGUGUCUCUCAUACAGAACGACGUGGAUCUCUUGGACACCAGAAGGAACUGUGACAAGAGUAACCUGAGGGUGAAGCCUACCAAAGGGACGGCUGUUUUCUGGUACAACUACCUCUCUGAUGGACAAGGUUGGGUGGGGGAGCAGGACGAAUACGCUCUGCAUGGAGGCUGUGUGGUCACCCAUGGCACUAAGUGGGUCGCCAAUAAAUGGAUAAACAUUGAUCCGGAUUACCAGAGGCAAGCUCGCUACCAGCAGCUGGUGUCACAGCAGCCGGAGGAGGAGGACGAUGAAGGUCUGACUCUGAACCCUGACAUACAGAGUCCGGACAUACAUCAAGACUUGUAGCUCAUAAACCAAAUAAAAAAAAAAAUCUACCUAGCCUUCCUCAGUCCUGUGCACAAUGUUUUUGGUAACAUCCUCUGUGACCAGUAUGUAGAGACAAGAUUUAUUCAGGGAACGAGGUCACAGUGGGAUUAUGCAACUGUAAAGAGACGCUUUUGGUAAAAGGUUGCUCGGAUAUUGUUAUCCUGUUAUUUUUUAAUCAAUUAUAAUUUCCCAUUUUAGGAAUGUUGCACUAGAAACUCAUACAAGGAGUUGAGACAAAAAAAAAACAUUCCUUUGCAUGUGUUAGCUUCACAGGUUUUGCUGUUGCUAUGAGCAAAAAUUGCACUUGAAAAUUGAAAUGGCUACUGUAAACAUUUCAAUGUCCUACCUUGUUAUUGCUGCCAUUACCAAAAAAGACACACACUCUCAGUGUGAUGCAUGUUGCCUUGUCUUUGUUCCUUGAAUUCAUCAUUAUUUUCUGCCAGAUUGUCCUAGAUUAAAAUGCACAGUUGUUUGGAUGUUUCACUGUAUUCAUUUAUUAUUUAUUUUAUUAAUUCUUUUUUUCUUUAAAAAUGCACUGUAACACUCUCCCACAUGGAAUAAAGUUAAAUUAAGCUCA